AUGAAUAAAGAUCUUAUGCUUCAGUUAGUAAAUAAUGAACGUCACAAAGUUGGUGUUAAGGAGCUAGAAUGGGACCCCCGUUUGGCCAAAGCUGCACAGCUACAGUCGGAAUUUAUGGCAUCAUGCAAUUCUUGUACGCACUCUAGUAAAUCUGGUGGUCUUGGUACUAGGAUUGAAGCUCAAGGAUUUUCAUGGUCUGGCUGUGCCGAGAAUGUUGCUGAGGGAUAUAAAAAUGAAGAGGCAGUUGUAAAAGGAUGGAUGAGUUCUCAUGGUCACAAAUCAAACCUGCUCAAUCCAAAAUAUACUCAUUUUGGAGCAGGGCAUAUAAAUGGUUUUUGGGCUCAGGUUUUUGGAAGUGAAUUAUAG